UGUAAACAUACAUGUUGCGUAAUGUAUAGAGUAAGAGAUUGGGUGGCUCUUGGCAAUUGGCCAAAAGAAGAACCACCUCUCAAUGCCAGGAGUCCAUAAAAAAAGUCUGUAGCUUUCCUCUCCACAUUAUCACCUGUGAACCUGCAAGAUGCGUCUGACUCAGUCCCUGCUCAUCCUGGUCCUCAGCCUCCCUGCCUUGCUGUGUUACAGAGCUGUGUGGCAGUUCAGGGCGAUGAUCCUCUGCACUGUACCUGACAGCUGGCCCGUGCUGGACUACGCUGACUAUGGCUGCUACUGCGGCCUGGGAGGCUCUGGCACACCUGUUGAUGAGCUUGACAGGUGCUGUCAGAUCCACGACCAGUGCUACAGUGAUGCCAUGCAGCUCGACGAAUGCUGGCCCAUCUUUGACAACCCCUACACCGAACUGUACCGCCACAGGUGUGACAAGGCCAGCAAGAGCGUCACCUGCCUGGAUGACAACAACCCCUGUGAGAGGUUCAUCUGUGAGUGUGACAGGAAAGCAGCCAUGUGUUUCGCCAAGGCAGAUUAUAAUGAAAGAAACGCCAACCUUCCCAGCGAACGCUGCAAGUAGGCCGAGGGACUCGGAGAGAAACACGCAGAAGAGUGUGUCUUUAUUCAAAAUCAACAAGUGUCAUUGUAUUCAUAGUUACUGUUUUGUUGUCUCCAGCA